CGCCCGCCCCGGCCGCGUCGGAGGGCCGGCAGCGGGGCUGGAUGUGCCCGGCUCCCCCCGCGCUGAGGUGGGCAGCGAUGCAGAAGGCAGGCGGCAGCUUCGCCUCCGCCGAGAGACACCCGCUCAAGAUGGCAGAUGUGUGUUGAGUUUGGGGGGCUGCGAUCUCGCGUCGUUCGUGGCGGCGUUGCCAUGAAUAACAGGCGUCCUUGCACCGAUGGCCCCCAUGUACGAAGGUAUGGCCUCGCAUGUGCAAGUUUUCUCUCCUCAUACCCUUCAGUCAAGUGCCUUCUGUAGUGUGAAGAAACUGAAAGUGGAGCCGAGUUCGAACUGGGAUAUGACUGGGUACGGCACACACAGCAAAGUCUACAACCAGGGCAAGAACGUGCAGUCCUCCCAAGCAGCCGCCGCAGCAGCCGUCAACGCCUCCCUGCAGAUCCCCAACCCCAGCAUCCCUUACGAGCAGACCAUCAUCUUCCCAGCAAGCACGGGGCACAUCGUGGUUACAUCUGCCAACAGCACUUCUGGCGUGGUUGCAGUGUCUGGGCAAACGCUGGGCGGGCCGCACAACCUGAUGCGUCGCAGCACUGUGAGCCUUCUGGACACCUACCAAAAAUGUGGACUUAAGCGCAAGAGUGAGGAGAUUGAGAACACAAGCAGCGUGCAGAUUAUCGAGGAGCAUCCACCAAUGAUUCAGAACAAUGCCAGUGGGGCCACUGUAGCCACCGCCACCACCUCCACGGCCACUUCCAAAAACAGUGGCUCCAACAGUGAAGGGGAUUACCAGCUGGUGCAACAUGAGGUGCUCUGUUCCAUGACCAACACGUACGAAGUGUUAGAGUUUCUUGGCCGUGGAACCUUCGGACAAGUAGUCAAAUGCUGGAAACGUGGCACUAAUGAGAUUGUGGCUAUCAAGAUCCUAAAAAACCACCCUUCUUAUGCCCGGCAAGGCCAGAUUGAAGUGAGCAUCCUGGCUCGGCUGAGCACGGAAAGCGCGGAUGACUACAACUUUGUCCGUGCUUAUGAAUGCUUCCAGCACAAGAAUCACACAUGCUUGGUAUUUGAAAUGUUGGAGCAGAACCUCUAUGAUUUCUUAAAACAAAAUAAAUUCAGUCCCUUGCCCCUAAAGUACAUUAGACCGAUUCUCCAGCAGGUAGCAACUGCCCUAAUGAAGCUGAAAAGCCUGGGACUGAUUCAUGCUGAUCUCAAACCAGAGAACAUCAUGCUGGUAGACCCAUCCCGACAGCCAUAUAGGGUCAAGGUCAUAGACUUUGGUUCAGCUAGCCAUGUGUCUAAGGCUGUGUGUUCUACUUACCUUCAAUCCAGAUACUACAGAGCCCCUGAAAUCAUCCUCGGUUUACCCUUUUGUGAAGCAAUCGAUAUGUGGUCACUGGGAUGUGUCAUUGCAGAGCUGUUCUUGGGCUGGCCCUUGUACCCAGGAGCUUCAGAGUACGAUCAGAUUCGCUACAUUUCACAGACGCAGGGCUUACCAGCAGAGUAUUUGUUAAGUGCAGGGACAAAGACGACGAGGUUUUUCAACAGGGAUACAGACUCACCCUAUCCCUUGUGGAGGCUGAAGACGCCAGAUGAUCAUGAGGCAGAGACGGGGAUUAAGUCAAAGGAAGCAAGAAAGUAUAUUUUCAACUGUUUGGAUGAUAUGGCACAGGUGAACAUGACGACGGAUUUGGAGGGCAGCGAUAUGUUGGUGGAAAAGGCAGACCGGCGGGAGUUCAUAGACCUGUUGAAGAAGAUGUUGACGAUAGACGCAGAUAAGAGGAUAACCCCCAUCGAAACUCUGAGCCACCCUUUUGUCACCAUGACACACUUGCUCGACUUCCCUCACAGCACACAUGUCAAGUCCUGCUUCCAGAACAUGGAGAUUUGCAAGCGGCGGGUGAAUAUGUACGACACGGUCAACCAGAGCAAGACACCAUUCAUCACCCACGUAGCCCCAAGUACAUCGACCAAUCUGACCAUGACUUUUAACAACCAGCUCAACACAGUCCACAACCAGACCACCAACCUGGCUCCCACCUCCUCCAGUGCCACUAUUUCCUUAGCCAACCCCGAGGUCUCCAUACUAAAUUACCAAUCUGCACUCUACCAGCCCUCAGCGGCGUCCAUGGCUGCGGUGGCCCAGCGGAGCAUGCCCCUGCAGACAGGAACAGCGCAGAUCUGUGCCCGGCCAGACCCCUUACAGCAAGCCCUCAUCGUCUGCCCACCAGGCUUCCAAGGGUUGCAAGCGUCCCCUUCGAAGCACGCUGGGUACUCGGUCCGGAUGGAGAACGCCGUCCCCAUCGUCACCCAGGCUCCUGGGGCCCAGCCUCUUCAGAUCCAGCCAGGACUCCUCGCACAGCAAGCAUGGCCCAGUGGCACUCAGCAGAUCCUGCUCCCUCCUGCCUGGCAGCAGCUGACCGGGGUGGCCACCCACACUUCUGUCCAGCACGCGACCGUCAUCCCGGAGUCCAUGGCAGGCACCCAACCACUGGCAGACUGGAGGAACACGCACGCCCACGGCAGCCACUACAACCCCAUCAUGCAGCAGCCCACGCUGCUGGCCAGCCACGUGGCCCUGCCCGCCGCCCAGCCCGUCAACGUGGGCGUCGCUCACGUCAUGCGCCAGCCGCCUGCCGCUGCCUCCGCCAGGAAGAGCAAGCAGCACCAGUCGGCUCCACGCAAUGCAUCCACCUAUGAAGUGUCAUCCUCCCAGUCCAUCAGCUCGCCCCAGCGGUCGAAACGAGUGAAGGAGAACACCCCUCCGCGCUGUGCCAUGGUGCACACCAGCCCUGCCUGCAGCACCUCGCUGACGUGCGGCUGGGGCGACGCGGCCGGCGGCAGCGCGCGGGAGCGGCAGCGGCAGACCAUCGUCAUCCCUGACACCCCCAGCCCCGCCGUCAGCGUCAUCACCAUCAGCAGCGACACGGACGAGGAGGAAGAGCAGAAGCAUGCACCCACCAGCACCUUGUCCAAGCAAAGGAAGAAUGUCAUCAGCUGUGUCACCGUGCAUGACUCCCCCUACUCCGAUUCCUCCAGCAACAACAGCCCUUACGCCGUGCAACAUCGCACAGGGCAGAACAAUGGGAACAGCUACGACACCAAAGGGGUUCCAGAGACUCACUGCAGUGGGAACCCCCGAACGAUCAUCGUGCCACCACUGAAAACCCAGGCCAGUGAGGUGUUGGUAGAGUGCGAUAGCCUGGCACCAGUCACCACCAGUCACCACUCAUCCUCCUACAAGUCCAAGUCCUCCAGCACCGUGACCUCCACCAGCGGUCACUCUUCAGGGAGCUCGUCUGGAGCCGUUGCCUAUAGGCAGCAGCGACCAGGAGCACAUUUCCAGCAGCAGCAGCCUCUAAAUCUAAGUCAGGGCCAGCAGCACAUCUCGACUGACCGCACAGGGAGUCACCGGAGACAGCAAGCCUACAUCACUCCAACGAUAGCUCAGGCCCCGUACUCUUUCCCGCACAAUAGCCCCAGCCACGGUACGGUCCAUCCCCACCUGGCCGCGGCUGCUGCUGCUCACCUGCCCACCCAGCCCCACCUGUACACAUACACCGCCCCCGCCGCCCUGGGCUCCACGGGCACCGUCGCGCACCUGGUGGCCUCGCAAGGCUCCGCCCGGCACGCGGUGCAGCACACCACCUACCCCGCCAGCAUCGUCCACCAGGUCCCUGUCAGCAUGGGCCCGCGCGUCCUGCCCUCGCCCACCAUCCACCCGAGUCAGUACCAGGCUCAGUUUGCCCAUCAGACCUAUAUCAGUGCUUCUCCAGCCUCCACAGUCUACACUGGAUACCCACUCAGCCCCACCAAGGUCAACCAGUACCCUUACAUCUAAACACUGGAAUAAAGAGCAAGAGACGCACCCAGCCCGGGGGGAGUGAGGCAGCCGCUUUUGUAUUGAAGAACAUGACAAACUAACAAUGCAAUGGGAGGCUCGUGUGAAACUUGAACGAAGGAGACUUUAGGAAGAAAAGAAAAAGAGGAAAGAAGGGGGAAAACCAAUUCUACAAUUUUUAUUUAAAAAAAAAAAAGAAAAUGGAAAAAAAGAACAGAAAAAAAUAAACCACAAAAAAAAAAAAAAAAAAAAAAAAA